CACAAUUGUCAGGGCCGAACCGUGUUUGGGUGAGGCUGGGGCCGCACCCGCACCUAAUCCGCUCCCGCACACAACGGCAUAAAGUCGGACGGAGUAAAUAAAACUCCAAGGAAAGCUUCUCCUUCGUUUUUACUCCCGAUUUCUGUUCUCUAUGUUAGGAGCAAUUUCUCUACAGAUUUUCUUGGAACUUUUGAAUUGGGUCAACUCAGAAACCUUACAUUCUUCACUAUCUAAUGGUUUUAGAAGCGUGGUUUUUUUAAUGUUGGAGGCGAUUUUAUGGAGAAAUGAAGGGUUGGAGAGGUUUUCCAGGUGAUUGAGGCAGGUGUCUUCUUAGUCGUAUGUCUAGUAGUUUUGGGUGUGGCAUUGACUAUUCUGUUGACAUUGAAGAACUUUUGCAUAUGGCAACGACAUGUUGGGAGCUGAGAAAAGAAAAGGACGUGCUGAGAGAAUCAAUGUCGCAUGAGCAGUCCAAAAGUGCUGAACUGAUCAGGAGAUUAGACUCUGAUGUGAAGGCACUAACAGAUGCACGUUUGGAGGACAAGAAGUACAUCAAGGAACUGGAAAGAGAGCUUAAAAAUUGCUCUCAAGAAAUAGAAUACUUGCAGGAUCAACUAAAUCUUAGGAAUGUAGAGGCAAAUUGUUUGGGUGAGCAUGUUCACAGCCUUGAGCUUAAGCUUGUGGAAGCUGGAAAGAUACACGAGAAUGUAAGUUGUUUGACAGAGGAACUAGGUAAAUCAGACGCUCAAUGUCUAUUUCUUAUGCGGUCACUAAAGCAUAAAGAAGUUGAGUUGCAAAACUCAAUUUCACGCAUAGAGAAGCUUGAGGCAGAAGUUUCAUCUAUUGCAUUGGAAUCCCAAUGUGAAAUAGAAAGCAUGAAGCUUGAGCAAAUAGCGUUGGAGCAAAGGUACAUCGAAGCUAAGAAAUUCAGUGAGCAAGCUGCUCAAGAGAAAGCUAGCAUGGGUGCAUUGAUUGAUGAACUUCAAGCCCGGUUUAAGGAUGCACAACAUACGAUUGAUUGUUUGGAGAAGGAGAACAAAGAAUUACAUGAGAAGCUAGUGACAUCUGACAGAAACAAUAAAAUUCUUCAUAAAUUCAAAGAGCAUCUUGAGGAGUGGCAGAAGAACAGCAGCAAAUCUGUAUUCUACAUCCCUGAUAUAUCAGAUCAGUCUUUCAAUCUUGAGCUAGAGCACAUGCUAUCUCUAUUGAAACAAAUGUGCACAUGUGAAGAAGCAUUGGACCCAUUCCUUUCAAAACUGGCAGAUGUAACGGCAUGGGAUGAAAAUCUGAAAGAUGAAAUGGAGAAGAUGAUGCAUCAGAUCCUUGAAUCCGAACUUCUAGUAAAGCAACUUAAGGAAGAUUUGAGGGAAGAAAAGUCAAGAGCUAAGGAAGAAGCAGAGGACCUAACCCAGGAAAUGGCUGAAAUGAGAUACCAAAUCACAGAGAUUCUUGAACAGGAAUGUAAACGGCGAGCCUGCAUCGAACAAGCUUCUCUGCAGAGAAUUGCCGAGUUAGAAGCCCAGUUACGGAAAGAACAACAGAAACUUUUUAUUGCUCUCAGCCAUUUACGCGAAUCACAGAAAUUAGCUGAAGCAAGAUCCACAGAGGUCAAUCAUUUGAAAAAUGCAUUAGCGGGAUCAAGUCCAAGUGGAAACCCACCAAUUUUUCCUCAGAGAGCUCAAGUGUGUAGUUGUGGGGAUUGUGGUAUUUCAAAGAACCAAUUAGAUUGCUUUGAUCAGGUGCUGAUAGAGGCCAAAGGUUCUGAAGAUAUUUGUGCUGAUUUCAGUCUUCAUCCACUGGCUAUAACAUGGUAUUCAGAGGAAUCUAAUAUAAGAUUGGGAGAAGAUUGAAACUCCAGUGAUGGUGUUGAACUGAUCCUCUAAUUUUAAUUAAAGUUACUCAUUUUUUCAGCUAAUCCUUUAGCCAAUUUUAAUGCACUACAUAAUGUGAUUUUGGGUCCCAUUUUAUGAAAGAUGUCUGUCAUUUCUGAAUAGUAUACAGCAUGCUUUCAGCACAUGGGCGUGUGCACAGGCUGUAGGUUAUGAAUGCCUUGAAAUAAACACAAUCUACACUACCUAAUGAAUUGCAUGGACCUCUGACACUUGUGAC